AUGCAUUUUGGUAAUAUCGUCAAACCGUUGCUGUUCGCAGCCCUCGUGCACGGAUAUGCAAAUCCUGGCAGUUGUUCAGGGGCCUGCAACGUGCAUGACCCGUCAUUGAUACAGAGAUCAUCGGACAAGCGUUAUUUCCGAUUUUCUACUGGCAACAAGAUUUCUUAUGCGAGCGCCUCAUCUAUCAACGGUCCGUGGACUACCAUUGGGUCCAUGUUGCCCAGUGGGUCUUCUAUUGAUCUCGCCGGAAAUACAGACCUGUGGGCCCCCGAUGCGCAGAUUGUGAAUGGUGUUUACCACGUUUAUUACUCUGUAUCGACGUUUGGUGUACAGGAUUCAGCCCUUGGACUAGCCACAUCGGCAACCAUGGAGUUGGGCUCCUGGACUGACCAUGGAGCAACUGGCAUUGCCUCAUCAUCUGGCAAGGCGUACAAUGCCAUUGAUGGCAAUCUACUCAACGAUAGUGGUACUUACUACAUGACUUUCGGCUCCUUUUGGCAAGAUAUUUUCCAGGCUCCAAUGAACUCAGCUGCCACUAAAGUCGCAUCUUCAUCCUACAAUCUGGCAUUCGACCCUUCUGGAACACAUGCCGUGGAGGGGCCCUAUCUGUAUAAGUAUGGAAGCUAUUACUAUCUCUUUUACUCUGCCGGCAUCUGUUGUGGUUACGAUACAUCUCGCCCUGCCAGCGGUGCAGAGUACAAAAUCAAGGUCUGCCGAUCGACCUCGCCUACUAGCGGAUUCGUUGAUGCUACAGGGACUGCUUGUACAAACGGGGGUGGCACAGUCGUUCUAGAAAGUCAUGGCACAGUCUACGGUCCUGGUGGACAGGGCGUAUUUACGGAUCCUACCCUCGGACCAGUGCUUUACUACCACUAUGUUGAUACCACUGUUGGCUAUGCCGAUGGGCAAAAACUGUUUGGGUGGAAUCAGAUCGAUUUCUCAAGCGGGUGGCCAGUGGUUUAA